CUCCGUUUCCCCAACUCGGACCCCUCCGGACUUCCCCGUUCGACAGGCCGCUUUAGGAUUUCCUCCUCAUACCCGCCUCCCGUUCUCUAGCCCUCUGACCCCCGCCCCCCACCUUCCGCCAGUCCCAACGUCCUGGAUCUUGAAGCCCCCGCCCCUCCGCAGUUCGCCCCGACGGCGUUUCCCCUCGUACCCUUGCCCUCAUGCUCCCUUCCCGUCUCAGUUAUGCCCAGUUCCCCGGGGAAAUCCUCGCCUCGGGGACCCAGGGCCCGGCUGGAUGCCUUCCUGGGGUUUGAGAGAGGGGACCAGGAGGAGCUCACAGUCCGGAAGAGUCCUCUCUGCCUGGAUGGAUGACAGUGGCUUCUUGGCGAGCCUCGCUUCGCCACCUGGGAUCAGUGCACCUCCCGGCCAAGACAUGGAGACUAUUGUUCGCCGCUGUCCGUUCUUAUCCCGAGUGCCACAGGCCUUUCUGCAGAAGGCAGGCAAAUCUCUGUUGUUCUAUGCCCAGAACUGCCCUAAGAUGAUGGAAGUUGGGGCCAAGCCAGCCCCUCGGUCCCUGUCUACUUCAGCAGUGUGCUGCCAGCAGAUCAAAGAAACCCCUCCGGCCAAUGAGAAGGCCAAAACUGCGCAGGGCGAGGGUCCCCUGGCCCUGGACGGACCCCGGCAGGCUUCGGAGGGCACGCAGCCCCCCUCUGGACACCCCUCCCCUGCCACGAGCCAGGGCACCGCAAGCAAGUGUCCUUUCCUGGCAGCCCAGAUGAGCCAGGGGGGCAGCAGCGUCUUCCGCAGAGCCAGCCUGGAGCUCCAGGAGGAUGUGCAGGAGAUGCACGCCGUGAGGAGAGAGGUCACCCAGAGCGCGGCGUGCCCCGCGGUGGCUAGCGUGAAGGCCGACGGAGGGGAGCCAGGCGGACUGCUGAAGAGCUUCCAGGACAUCGUGCGGAAGCAGAGGCCGGAAAGAGUGUGCAUUUCAAAAUCCGUUUCCACUUUUCAGUAUGAUCAUUUCUUUGAGAAGAAAAUUGAUGAGAAAAAAAAUGACCAUACCUAUCGAGUUUUCAAAACUGUGAACCGGAGGGCCCACCUCUUCCCCAUGGCGGACGACUACUCCGACUCUCUCAUCACCAAGAAGCAGGUGUCAGUCUGGUGCAGCAAUGACUACCUGGGAAUGAGUCGCCACCCCCGGGUGUGUGGGGCCGUCAUGGACACUUUGAGGCAGCAUGGUGCUGGAGCAGGUGGGACCAGAAAUAUUUCUGGGACUAGUAAAUUCCACGUGGACCUGGAGCGGGAGCUGGCCGACCUCCACGGGAAAGACGCCGCGCUCCUGUUCUCCUCGUGCUUCGUGGCCAACGACUCGACCCUCUUCACUCUGGCGAAGAUGAUGCCGGGCUGUGAGAUCUACUCCGAUUCUGGGAACCACGCCUCCAUGAUCCAGGGGAUUCGGAACAGCCGCGUGCCGAAGUUUGUCUUCCGCCACAACGAUGCCGGCCACCUCAGGGAGCUGCUGCAGAGGUCGAGCCCUGCGGUCCCCAAGAUCGUAGCGUUCGAGACUGUCCACUCCAUGGACGGGGCCGUGUGCCCGCUGGAAGAGCUGUGCGAUGUGGCCCACGAGUUCGGAGCGAUCACCUUCGUGGAUGAGGUCCACGCGGUGGGGCUGUACGGGGCCCGAGGCGGAGGGAUUGGCGAUCGGGACGGAGUCAUGGCAAAAAUGGACAUCAUUUCUGGAACGCUCGGCAAAGCCUUCGGCUGUGUCGGAGGCUACAUCGCCAGCACCCGCUCCCUGGUGGACACGGUGCGGUCGUACGCAGCCGGCUUCAUCUUCACCACGUCCCUGCCGCCCAUGCUGCUGGCCGGGGCCCUGGAGUCCGUGCGGGUGCUGAAGAGUGCCGAGGGCCGGGCACUGCGCCGCCAGCACCAGCGCAACGUCAAGCUCCUGCGGCAGAUGCUCAUGGACGCCGGCCUCCCGGUCGUGCACUGCCCCAGCCACAUCAUCCCGGUCCGGGUCGCGGAUGCUGCUAAAAACACCAAAGUCUGUGACGAGCUAAUGAGCAGACAUAACAUCUACGUCCAGGCCAUCAAUCACCCCACGGUGCCCCGGGGGGAGGAGCUCCUGCGCAUCGCCCCCACCCCGCACCACACGCCCCAGAUGAUGAGCUACUUCCUGGAGAACCUGCUGGCCACGUGGAAGCGAGUGGGGCUGGAGCUGAAGCCGCACUCGUCGGCCGAGUGCAACUUCUGCCGGAGGCCGCUGCAUUUUGAAGUGAUGAGCGAGCGGGAGAGAUCCUUCUUCUCCGGCAUGAGCAGGCUGGUGUCCGCUCAGGCCUGAGCGCCGCGACCUCGGUUACUGUGCCUGACCCGAGGCCACGUCGUCUGCGGUUUCCAGAACUGUCUAUGUACAAAUUAAAUUAAAUUAAAUUUUAACCUAUAGUGACCGUGUAGUCCUAAAAUAAAUUCUGUGUAAAGUGA